GUGUUUUUUUCGCAGGAGGCUGGGCGGGAGAAUCGGCGGGAUGCACAAAAAAUCCAAAAGCAGAGCUCAGUGGAGCGAAACUGAGUAAUGAGCACAUACAGCGGGGAAAUUCAAGGCUGCAUUAUGUUGGAUACUGCGCCAAUCGAUCGCACUCAGUGCCUAGCUGUCUGCAACAUCUCCGGGAGCACCUGAUGUCAUUUCUGUUGCCAAUAAUUACUGUCAGGCGAAAAAAGAUACAUGUCAGUUUGAUAUAUGUGUUCGAGACAAAAGCUGAUCAGGAGUGACAGCUGCUUAGAUACUGAACUACAAAUCAGAUUUUUUUGUAAUAAAAGACGUCGACUAGUAGAAACCAUCUCAACAUUCAGAAGGCGCAGUUUGCAAGUUACAACACCGGCUGAAAUUUUACAACUUCAUCGGCAGCAGCAUGGCCAGCAGGACAUGUCGCAGUGAAGAUGAAGAAGAGGAUCUGCCUUAUCAGGAUCAGAAUAAGAAGGCGAGUGAUCUGAAUGCAUCCAAGGUAGUGCUGAAUAAAGGAAAGUGGUCCAGAGAAGAGGAUGAAAAGCUAAAAAGACUAGUGGAGCUUCAUGGAACAGAAGCAUGGGGUCUCAUUGCUUAUCAUUUCCCAAAACGAACAGAUGUGCAGUGUCAACAUAGAUGGCAGAAGGUCCUAAACCCUGAACUAGUGAAAGGACCAUGGACAAAAGAAGAAGAUCAAAGGGUCAUCGAACUUGUGCACAAAUAUGGUCCAAAGCGUUGGUCGGUGAUUGCUAAACAUCUUCAAGGUAGGAUUGGGAAGCAGUGCAGAGAACGAUGGCAUAACCAUUUGAACCCUGAAGUAAAGAAGUCUUCAUGGACUGAAGAAGAAGAUCGCAUCAUUUAUGAAGCUCACAAACGUUUAGGAAACCGUUGGGCUGAAAUUGCCAAACUGCUUCCUGGCAGAACUGACAAUUCCAUCAAGAACCACUGGAAUUCCACAAUGCGAAGGAAAGUUGAGCAUGAAGGAUACCUGCAGGAAACUUGUGAUUCAAGUUGCAAGUCCAAAUUUCUCAUCAAGCAGUGCUCCAAGCGUGGUUACUCUGAUGACUCACACACGCAAAAUCAAUUUUCUAUGACUUUUCCUUCACAGACCACUGGUUAUUCUUUUAGUUCUUCAGAUGGAAGCCACUUUGAAGGCAUCCGAGAAAUCUCCAUCUACUCUCCUCCUUAUGAUGAUGAUCCUGAUAAGGAAAAAAGAAUUAAGGAGCUUGAGCUGCUGCUUAUGUCAGCUGAAAAUGAAGUCAGAAGAAAGCGAGCCUCAUGUCAGCAAAGCAGCAAAUUGUCAAGCUGGUCUAGCAGCCUUCAUUCUGACAGUUGCAUGACAGACAAUACCUUGCAGAAAUUACCAAGCCCAAAUGUUGAAUGCUGCCAUACUAAGGAGAACAACAACAAAGCUUCCACUCAGUCAGCAUCUCCUAGCAAGUUCCUUGCAGCUGAAGCAACUGCUGUGCUUUCUUCCCUGCAGACGAUUCCAGAGUUUGCAGAAACUUUGGAGCUUAUAGAUUCAGAUCCUGUAACAUGGAGUGAUGUGACCAGCUUCAGUCUUUCCGAAGAAGUAUCUCCAGCCAAACAAAGAGAAGAUAAUUUCACUCUAAAUCGAGAGCCUACACAAGCUACAUUAGACUACCAGUUUGAUGGUAGCGCUAUAUCUGAUAUUAGCAAGAAUUCCAGUGACACACAGGGGCAGCUCAUAUCUUUGACAUCCCCCAUUAUAGCAAAGUUCACCACACCCCCUUCUAUCCUAAGGAGGAAGAGAAAGGAGAAAUGUGAUGCAUCUUUGUCUAGUGAAGUGAAACAUACUCCAGCUAAGUCUAGCCCAUUUUCUCCUUCCCAGUUUUUUAAUAUUUUGGGAGCUGAAAAUUUAAAUUUGGAAAACCCAUCUCUUACAUCAACUCCAGUUCGUGGCCGGAAAUGCCUGGCUGCAACUCCCUUACAAAAGGAAAUGACACCAAAAAACCAAAAAGAAAACACUGGGGUCAGAACACCUAAGAUCCGCAAAUGUAAUUUAAAUUCUACACCAAGGACACCAACGCCUUUCAAAAAUGCACUUGCAGCUCAAGAAAAGAAGUAUGGUCCUUUAAAACUGGAACCACAGCCUUUGGCCUACCUCGAGGAAGACAUUCGUGAGGUUCUUAAAGAGGAAACGGGAACAGACAUUUUUCUUCGGGAUGACUCUGAACCACCUUCUAGAAGCUGGAAGCAUGAGACUGGUGCACCAGCUCGAAGAGUUAGGAAGUCCCUUGUUUUAGAUGGCUGUGAAAAGGAUGAGCUCACAGUCCAGUUAUUCUCAAGAGAUCCAGUCUCCAAAGUGAAGUCCUCAUCUGAAAACAUGCUCACGAGUUCUAUGUUAAUGGCACCAUUGUUUGAAAAAGAUGAAUGUAAGUUACUGUCUGGAAGUGCACAAGAUGAGACCGCUUUGAGACAAAACCAAAACUACAGUCCACCACUAAAAAUGGGCACUAGUGUGCGUAGCAAUCUAAAAUUUGAAACUCCCAUUCAGAUUAACAGUGAAUGGGAAGCAGUUGUGUAUGGAAAAACAGAAGAUCAGCUGAUAAUGACUGAGCAAGCUCGCAAAUAUCUUCAUGCAUACAACAGUGGAAGCACAUCAAGAGCCCUUGUUCUCUGAAGACACACAGUAAUGUGUCCUGUAUUGGCUGCUGGAAUUAAUGCACACUACAGCAGGUGAAAGACCCUGAAGUGUCUUGUCUACAGUCGUUGGUUAUAGCGUCCAUCCUUUAUGAUAUUGGCUUGUAAAACAUCUUCAUACCACUAUAUGGAGGGAAAAAAUCAUUUUUUGUAUUAUCUGUCAUGCCAUUGCAAUUAUAUUUAUUUAGCAAAGGAUAGAGGAAAAGUCAGAUUUAAAUGCUCAACAUUAAACAGCAUAGCACUUCACUCAAUCAUUUGAUCUCAUUUGCACCUCUUCCCAUUCCUGUAGAAUGAGUUUAUCUAUGUAGAAUGAUUUUCUCAGAAUAAUUGGGUGACAAGGGCCUAUCUUGGCAGCAUUGGCCACUAGGAUACAUUCAUGCCCAUGCCUGAGCUAAACAAAUGGAUCAGAUGGACUGAAUGGUCUCCUUUCGUUUGUCAGAAUACUUAGGUUCUUAUGAUUAUUCCUAAUCGGCCUGGUGUGAGAGAUUAUCGGGAUGUGUGUGAGUUUAACUGGCAUUUUUUUCAAGAUUCUGCCUUGCUACCAGUAUAGGCUCCAGGCCAUUCACGGCUCCUAAAAUUGGGUUAAUUGAGUUCAAGAAAUGAGGAUGACCUCACUAAAAUGGGGGAAAAAAAUAAAGGCAAUGUUCAUAUUAUUUUUAUAUGGAAGAAUUGUUCCUUCUUCACUUUUUACACUGUAUAUUUAAACAAAACUGCUUCCAUUUUAAUAGUGAAGACAUGAACAAUGCAAAGUAGCCAGCCAGUUGCUUUUUUUCUAAGAUAAUUUUAUACACUUAAAUUACAUAUAUUUAUAUAUUAAAUGUAAGCUAUGGCCAAAGAUUUGGCCCUUAAGAUGUGAAAUCACCCUAGUGUUAACCAUUAACACUUUUCAACAACACUGAGAGAGAAUUCUCUACUUAAAGCAACUUUCAGACCCAGAAUGAGAGAAGGAUAAGGGAUAGCCUUUUGGUGUAACUGCCAUCAGGUAACAUCAAGACACUACUGCAACAACAGUCGCACAGAACAUAUUACUACUACUACUUAUUUCCUCAUUUGGGUAACACAGCUCUUGUUCAGAUGUGUACUGAAGAAACGGUAGCCUAGAAGUUAGGAGUAAGGAAAGAACACUGCUUAGAUUGCACUACUGGUCUGCCAAAAGAAGAGGAGGAACUAAAAUGACAGGAAAAGCACUUCAAUAAUAAAUCAGCCUAAUGAAGAUUUGUUUUGCAGCACAGUAUGUUUUGGAUUAGGGUCUCAUAUUUUAUAUAUCUGUUGAAUGUAUUAUGUAGAGCAUGACUGCAGGGUAAAUUGGAAGAGAAAGGUACUUUUUAUUUAUGAUCUGAUGUAACAAUUAAAUGUAGGUGUGUGUGUGUGU